UAUUUACAGUCGUGGGGAUUCCUGAAAGAGCUGGAAAAGGCUCAAUGUUGGUCGUGCUAUGACAGCAUCUCUGCUCCUCCAUUCCCGCUGGAUCGAGCCGGUGAUGUUUCUCUGUGACAGCGGCUGCUCAGACGACGUGAGCAAGAACAUGGAGGGAUUCGCGGGAAGCAAUUUCUCCGCCAACCAGUGCCGGAAUCUCGUGGCCCACCCGACUUCUCUUGCUCCCGGUGCACCCUAUGGAUCGAGUGAAGUGCCUGUAUCUGGCGUGACGGAACCUGUCAAGCAGUGCAGCCCGUGUUCGGCGGCGCAGAACUCCCCCGGUGCUGCUUCUUUGCCCUAUGGAUAUUUCGGUAGUGGCUAUUAUCCGUGCCGAGUAUCACAUCACGGCGCAGUGAAGUCUUGCGCGCAGCCUGCCUCUUACGCAGAUAAGUACAUGGAGACGUCUGUCUCCGGAGAGGAGUUUUCUUCUAGAGCUAAGGAGUUCACUUUCUAUCAGGGGUACUCGUCCGGACCUUACCAACCUGUGCCCAGUUAUCUGGACGUGCCAGUCGUGCCUGCUCUAAGCUCUGCUCCAGAACCGAGACACGAGUCAAUUUUGCCCGUGGAAACUUACCACCAGCCUUGGACCAUCACGAACAGCUGGAACAGCCCUGUGUACUGCCCAAAGGAGCAGACCCAAUCCAGUCAUCUCUGGAAGUCGUCUCUUCAAGACAAUGUGUCAGGAAGUGAUGGCGCUUCCAUUCGACGCGGGAGGAAGAAGCGCGUCCCUUAUACCAAAGUCCAGCUGAAAGAACUUGAGCGCGAAUAUGCGGCCAAUAAGUUCAUCACGAAGGAUAAACGGAGACGGAUAUCUGCUCACACAAACCUAACCGAGCGUCAGGUCACCAUCUGGUUUCAGAACAGGAGGGUAAAGGAGAAGAAGGUGGUCAACAAAUUCAAGAGCAUCACUUAAGGGGCUACAGAAUUUGAGACGGACAGAGUGAAGGAACCACUUCGUUAUUUAUUAUGUUCCUCUGGGAGUGACUGUGCUGAGAUUUGUAGCUUAUAGCUUCCAUGCAAGAAAAAAAGAACAUUCUGCUUAACUCUGAAGACCAUAUAUGUUACACGGUGAUCGUGAUGAGGAAGCAAAUAGACUGUCAAAACAUCUGUAUGCCUAUACACAAUUUCUUUGUUUUUUUUGUUUGUUUUUUGUUUUUGCCACUGCUACUCGACACAUAAACUCCGUUUCGUAUUGAAACAUGAAACCAUUGUGUUAAUUGUAAUUGCGCGGGAGACAAAUGCUGUGUCUAGGUUCAGUAACAUGAAGCUACAAUUAACCCAAUGUUGCAAGAACAUGUUGUUAAGGCUAUAGACCAGAGGUCAUCUACCCAAGUCCUGGAGGUCCGGAGUCCACCUCAAUUUGGUGAUUUUGAGGCUUAAAGACGCCUAAUUCUGGAAACUGAUGACCCCAGCUACAGACCGCCAAUACAUUACUAGUUUAUGUAAAUAAAUAAACAACUUAGAUAUGACUACAUGGUAUCUUAAAGAUUUUAGGUAGAAAUAUAAUUAUUCACAGUUUGUUCAAUGUGUGUACCCCGCUAGGUUUAUUUGUUGCUGCAAACAAUAUUCCAAUAAAACUCCCAAUUUUAAUAUUUCCAGUAAUGAGUAAAAAAAAUGCUCAUCGUUAUACCUAGGUAAUUUCAGCAUUGUAAAUGUGUUUUUACUUUCAAUCUACACCUAUAUUACGAAAUACAGGUAAAAAAAAAGAAAGAAACUAUUUAAUAUGACACAUUGAAACCUGACUGAAAACCACAAUGUUGCCAUCUAGUGGUAGACUUGAGUCGUUGCAUCUACGUCGGCAAUGGGCAGAAAUACGGAGCUUCCAGGAUUAAGGUGAAAUCUAAAAUUAAAAGACAACACAGGGACUUUGUACAGAGGACAAUAUCAACAAUCGGUGCAAAUGAUACGAUAAGUGUAAUAUCAGGGCAGUGUAGUGUACGCGGAAGUGUAUAUUUUGCAAGUAACACGAUACAACAAAUAAACAGGUAUUGUUAUUACAGACAACAGCCAAAAAUUGUUGAAUAACAUUUCCUUAUGUAAAACAAAGUGUAAGACGCAUCAUGGAUAAGCCACUUGUUCAGACAAACGUCCCGCGUCCCUGAAAGUAGGCUACAAAAGAGGGUUUUACAGAACAUUUUUAUUCAAGUAUUGAAGCAAUUAAUUCUGUCGUACUGCGAAUAUCAUAUUAAAAACAAUAAGUCAA